CUGGGGGCGGAGCUACACUCUGCGUCGCUGCGUGCGCGGUGACGAUUAAGGAAGUGGAUUUGAAAACUAUGCAUUUAUUUAAAGAGAGCGCUUUCCAGCAUCGACGCUGCCAGGCAGAGAUGAUGUCGACUGUGCAUUGAUUAAUAGUAACUAACAACUGGCUCACAAUGUCACGGAAACUCAAAGAAGACUACCAUCGGUUCUACACGGUGACAGACCACAGGACGCACGAAAAGGGCUUCACCGAGUACAAAGUCUCCGCCCGGUUUGUCUCUAAGAGAAAUCCCGAAGAUGUGAAAGAGGUGGUGGUGUGGAGGCGCUUCACGGACUUGAAGAAGCUGCACAGCGAGCUCUCCUACACCCACAGGAAUCUCUUCAGGAGGCUGGAGGAGUUCCCUGACUUCCCCCGGGCUCAGGUCUUCGGGCGAUUUGAGGCGUCUGUGAUUGAAGAGAGGAGGAAAGCUGCAGAAGCCAUGCUGAGAUUCACAGUCAAUAUCCCAGCUCUUUAUAACAGCCCCCAGCUCAAGGACUUUUUCAGGGGAGGUGAAGUCCGACGGCCCCUGGACCUGCCUCCUGUCUCCGAGUCCUCUGCCUCCCUGCCCUCUCCUCUCAUCCCCCUGCCUCUGAGCUCCGGAGAGGCAGGGGAGGUGGAGCAGGCAGAGCCCCAGACAGAGGGGGAGAUCCCGGGGUCGCCCUCAGGAAACUGGGAGGAGGCGGCCGAGGCCUACAUGGAACCCGAGGACGUUCCAUCGCCGGCGGCGACCGAGCGUUGUCACGGUGAAAGCACCCCCCCACCAGAAGUGGGCGUCAACCAUUUGAAAUCCCAGGAGGAAUUUGAUUUGCUGUUCGACUCUGAAGGGGAGGGGCAAGGAGCUGCAGAGGCCCCGCCCCCUCGGUGCCGGCUUUCUGAAAGCGAACUUGCCCUGUUCGACCCCUGCGCCAAGAAACAAGCCGCUGGUCCAGAAGCCCCUGCCAAUGGGCUGGAGGGGGGCGUGGCCGAGUCAGCCAAUAGCCUGCGGCUCCUGGAAGGCGCAGGGGGCGGGGCCGGAACCUCGGGGGCGGGGCCAGAGCUGCCAGAGUACCUGAAGCGAGCUGCGGAGGAGAUCAGCGCAGCGCUGGAGAGAGAGGCAGAGGGGGACUAUAGCUGUGCUUUCCACUGCUACCAGACUGGGGUGGCAAUGCUGCUGGAGGGGGCGCAAGGAGACCCGGUUGCAGAGCGCAGGGAGGCAGUGAAGAAGAGGGUGGUGCAGUACCUGCAGCACGCUGAGAGCAUCGUCACACUGCAGCUGAGAGGGGAGCCGCCCCGAGACUGAGGCUGGAGACAGCAGCCCGAAACCUGGGACAACUCCCCCCCUGCCCCUCCCCCCCCCCCUCGCUGGUGUGUUUCCUGUGAGAGGUGUAACUCAUAAUUCAUCCUUAAUCACGCGGUGCCUAUGAUAAGAAUCGGGGGGCAAGCGACAGAUCCCUCCUCGGGAUGUUACAGUUAAAGCUAACGCUGUCUAGUAUUUUAUUUCAGAUCAAAGUCCGCAGGUUUAUUGAAUCUUGAAUCUGUACAUGCAGGGUGCUGGCAGGCGAUUAGAAUUAGAAUUGGAAUCGGCAUUGCGUUCCGUAAUUCCAAUUCCGGUUCCGUUUACAAUGCUAUUGUGUUCUGCUUCCAAUAUAUAUAUUAUUGUAUUGUAAAUAAGAUGUUAUUAACAUGACUAAUAAUUUAACCCCCUUUUAUUAUAAUACUACUACUACUACUACUACUACUACUACUAAUAAUAAUAAUAAUAAUAAUAAUAAUAAUAAUAAUAAUAAUAAUAAACCACAACAAAAUACAAUUUUAUUUAUGUUUUUUUUGUUUUGUUUUGUUAAAGUGUUAUUUUCAUUAUUGAUGUUCUUUAUACGACUGAGAAUUUUGGAAUUGUUAUGAUAAGUAGAAUAAAUCUUGUAUAAUCCA